UGUGUAGUUGAUGAUUUGAAUUCUACUAAUGUCGUUCAUUUGCUAGGUUUGGCAUAUCAGAUACUUAGCGACUACCCAAACCUUGUUAACUAUGUGAAUGAGAAUGGUUUGUCUCCUCUCCAUAUUUUGGCCAGCAAGCCAAAUGUAUUCAGCAGCAGUAGUCCCCUUCGACUCGUGGAUCGCAUCAUCUAUCACUGUGUAUUUGUUGAUGAGCUCAAGAAGAAAUCACAUGACCAUAAAGCUAUUGAAGCCUAUCAAAAUAAAUAUAGAGGCAGUAACAGUGUGCACUAUCCAGAAAACUACAGAACAUGCGCAGACAUUUUCAAACUACUGACAAAUUCAUUUCAAGUUUUAACUUCUCUGAAGAAAGAUGAGAGCUGGAAGUCAUGUUUACUGUCAUGUUGGGAGGGUUUCAGUCACUCUCUUCUUGCAGAUAGAAGCAGAAAGAAAACUACCUGUGCAAGUGACGAGGAAGAUCCCCAACAAAAGAGCAGUGUUUCUCAAAGAAAGGAUAUUCAAGGAGCUGCACCGAAUGCACAAAGGUCUGGAUCACGCAAUGAUGGAAAACAAGCAAGUAGAGAAGACAAUGACAAUCACUCCUUUCCUCCCAAUUACUCCACGUGUCUUGGAUUCUUCAAACUCUUCAUGAAGGCACUGCUAAUUAUUCUUGGACUUGGCAUUGGAAGGAUAAAGAAAAUCACAGAAAAGAAAGAGAAACAUGUGUGGGCUUAUCAGAUCAUGAAUGAACUGGUUGAACGUGCAUCUACUUACAAAUAUGAUUAUAAUGGAAGAACGCCCCAAGAAUCCCAAAAUUUCAAGGAUGGUGGAGGAACCAAAGUUCCAACGUCGCUACCCUUAACGGAUGACCCUGAUAAAUCUUUGAGCAUAACAAUAAACUCUGGGAACAAGGGUCAGAAUAAGAAGGAUCCGAAUGGAUCAGAUGGCACGGAUAAAAGGGAUACUGCAAAGAUUGAAUUGAUUAAUGUGAUGGACAAAUUCCUCAAUGCGUACCCAGAUGUAGUUCAAGUGUUAAAUUCAUCACUCAAAGAUCUUUGGCAUUUGAAAUGUGAAAAAAAGCAAUUACAUGAUUAUGGGAAGAGGGAGACUCCAUUAUUAAUAGCAGCAAAGAUGGGAAUUGCUGAAAUGGUGGAGAAAAUCCUCUGCACAUUUCCGGUGGCUAUCCAGGACUUGGACUCCAAUAAGAAGAAUGUUGUGCUCUUGGCAGUUGAGAACAGACAAGCUCAGGUUUACAAUCUCUUGCUAAAAUGUAGUUACCUUAAGGAGAGCAUACUCCGUCAAGUGGAUGACCAAGGGAACAGCGCACUGCAUCUUGCUUCAAUGUUUGGGGAUCACCAGCCUUGGCUCAUUCCAGGCGCAGCAUUGCAAAUGCAAUGGGAAAUUAAGUGGUACAGGUUUGUUAAACACUCUAUGCCACCCCAGUUCUUUGUUCGCCAUAACAAAUGGGGCGAGAACCCAAGUGAGAUCUUCACUCGUACACACGAAAAACUGGUGAAAAAUGGUAGCAAAUGGCUUAUCAAAACCUCUGAGUCGUGCUCUGUGGUCGCAGCACUCAUUGCAACAGUUGCAUUUGCAACAUCAGCAACUGUGCCAGCCCUGGUGUUUUUCCUGGCAAUUCUCACCUCUCGAUGCCAAGAAAAAGACUUCCAUAGAGAUUUACCAAGGAAGCUUCUGCUUGGUUUAACAUCGCUCUUCGCUUCAAUAGCUUCCAUGCUGGUUUCAUUCUGCGCUGCACAUUUUUUUCUCCUCAAAGAUAAAUUGAAAUCUGCGACCUUUCCAGUAUAUGCAGUGACGUGCUUGCCAGUGACAUUUUUUGCCUUUGCUCAACUCACUCUUUACGGGGAUCUUAUCUGGGCCAUCCUUACAAAGGUGCCGCAGCGUAGCUACAAGGUGUUUCCUCACUAGGUUUGUCAUUUAUGUUCUCCACCCCUUUGAUAUGUAACUGAGAACAUAUAAUUUGUUUUUGAGUGCUAAGUUUGGUUUAUGAUUUGUGUCA